AUGAGUCCGCCUAAGGAGUCGUAUUGGACGACUCACCUAUCCCACCUCACAUUCCUUUUUCACUCUCGCUCACUCUGUUGGAUGGCUUCCGCUCUCGCCCUCUCUGCACGCCUCAUUCGUGUGCGACCAGAUGCCCUCGUCGCAUGGGUCGCACAGUCCGACGCCCGCGCGUAUGCGACGGAUCGCUUCAUUUUCAACAAGACUACCGAAGGAAUCGCACUUGACGACAAGCAGGACUGGCACGUGCUGGGCGGCAGCCAGACCACGAACCAAUCCACGGGCGACACGUGGACUACCGUGCACGUGUGGCGCCAGCUGGACACGGGCGAUUGCAACGACCGCCCGAUUGUUCCUGGGAAGCUUCACAACAUCAUCUGGGCGAUGGGCGCCACGACUGACGUCAGCUAUCACAGCUCCGACCGCGGUUCUUCCGCCCUCGUGCUCGCGUCUGCUCCCGGCCCCUCCAUCAUCGCGCCCGCGCCUCCCCCCUCCCCCUCCGCGUCCGCCUCCGCGUCCGCUGCGUCUGAUUCUCUUGAAGCGGUUGGGCGGUUGGCUGCGCAGCAGCAGGCAGGGAAGCAGCCGGCGCAGCAGGCGCAGCAGCAGCAGGAGAGCAUGCUCAAUUUCACGUUCACGAAUUACCGUUUGCCAACGGACUUCACGACCUAUCGCUGCAAGGUGGUGGACGUUGCUCUCAAGACCAAGACUCAUGCGGUUGAGUGGGGUGCCGUGCUCAACUCUACCGACAUCUCAGCCGUCCAUCAUGCCAUCAUCUACGGCUGCAAACCCAAGGAGUACGGCAAUCUCAAGGGCGCAGGGGCCACCUUUGACUGCCUGCACGACACGCCAUGCGCCACCACUGUCGCCGUGUGGGCUGUGGGCGGCAGACCCUUCACCUUCCCGCCCAAUGUCGGCUACCCCAUCGGCCCCGGCUACUUCACCAAGUUCGUGCUGCAGGUGCAUUUCACCAAUCCCAAGGGCCGCGCAGAUCUGAUUGACAACUCGGGGAUAUACCUGAAACUCGCCCCAUCUCUCCGUUCCAUGGACGCGUCCAUCAUGCUCACGGGGCCUGUCUCAUACGAGUACCUGAUCAGAAUCCCCCCCGCCAUGCCCUCGUGGACGCAAGUCAGCACGUGCCCGGGCGAGUGCACUGCCAAGGUGUUCGGGAAUGAGAGCGUGAAGAUCAUUGGGUCGUUCCUGCACCUGCACACGCUGGGGCGACAGAGCCUUCCCUCCCCUCCCCUCUCGCUCCCUCCCUCCCUCCCUCCCUCCCUCCCUCCCUCCCUCCCUCCCUCCCCUCCCUCCCUCCCUCCCUCCCUCCCUCCCUCCCUCCCUCCCUCCCUCCCUCCCUCCCUCCCUCCCUCCCUCCCUCGCUCCCUCCCUUCCUCCCUCCCUCCCUCCCUCCCUCUUUCCUCUCUCCCCCACACCCCCCACACCCUAAAUAGCGACUUUGCAUCACAGCAGACAAUCCCGUUCACGCCCGAGUUUGAGCUGCUGCCAGGGGAUGAGCUGCGCACCUCCUGUGUCUGGGACUCCUCUGACCGCACCAACGUACGUGCCUCCCCCUCCCCCCCACACCACAACAUGCAUGCUUCCUACCCAACAUUUGGGUCUGUGGGCGUUGGAAUAGAUUACCCUGUGUUGUCCCCUUGUUGGGACCAGGUGUACCAACAUGCGGUGACGGUGGGAGGGCCGUCAACGGAGGAGGAGAUGUGCAUUGACUACCUCAUCUACUACCCUGCACGCCAGGGCCAAGAGAUGGACUCGUGCUCCGACUUGUGUGCAUCGUACGAGAACGACACGCUUGGCAUGGACCCCACCAGCCCUACUGCUUACACUCCCCUCGCCCCCUGCCCCCACCUCCUUCCCCUUCUUUCACUUCACUCCCACCAGAGAUGGACGCAUGCUACGACUUCUCCCUCUCACAUUCCUCUCACAUUCCUCUCACAUUCCUCUCACAUUCCUCUCACAUUCCUCACAGCCCUCUCACACCUCCGUCCUUCCCUCUGUCUUCCCCCACCAUUCCCCUUCUCCCUCCCUUCCCCCACUUCUCCCCUUCCCCCUCCCACACCCCUCCUCCCCUGCAUCCACCCAGACAUCCCCUGCAUCCACCCAGACAUCCCCUGCAUCCACCCAGACAUCCCCUGCAUCCACCCAGACAUCCCCUGCAUCCACCCAGACAUCCCCUGCAUCCACCCAGACAUCCCCUGCAUUCACCUAGACAUCCCCUGCAUCCACCCAGACAUCCCCUGCAUCCACCCAGACAUCCCCUGCAUCCACCCAGACAUCCCCUGCAUCCACCCAGACAUCCCCCCACAGAAACUCCUUCUGACACCGUCCCUGCACCACUGCAACCCUAAACCCUGCUCAAUCUUGAGACGGCUCAUGACGUAUCCCCAUCCACCACCCCUCCCCUGCAACCCUUGGCAGGAACCAUGCAUCACUGGCAGAUAUCCCCUCGGACACCAUCUCUGCACCGCUCUCUGCCACCGCCCCACCUGCACCCGCUGCUCAGUCUUGAGACGUCUCAAAGCUUGUCCCCUCCCUCACCCCUCCUCCCCUUGCAUCCCAUUGCAGGAACCAUGCAUCACUGGAAGAUAUCCCCUCGGACACUAUCUCCGCACCGCUCUCUGCCACCGCCCCACCUGCACCCACUGCUGCCCUCCCUCCUCCAACCGCCACUGCUGCUGCAUCACCCCCGAGCAAUAG